GUGGAUGCAAAGGGGGAUCGAAUUCAAGCAUCAGUGAAAAACAGUUUAGUUAGAAAAUUCAAAAAAGAAUUGGUGGAAGGAAGGUUUUGUGAUAUCAUGAAUUUUGAAGUUCGUGAUAACCUUGGUGACUACAAGGGAACUGUACAUCCUUCCUUACAAGAUUAAUUUCAUGUUUACUACAUGUGUGAUCAGAUCCCAAGUAUAUCUCGCUUCAGCUGUUAUUCUUUCUCAGAGAUUUCAACUCAAUCCAAUGUGGGUGACGUAUUCUUCGAUAUUAUUGGAGAAGUUGUUGGUAUGAGUCAGAUUACUGAGAAAGAUUGUUCUGGACAGAAGUCAAAGAUGUUGGAUAUUCAGCUAAAAGAUCUAAGUGACACUAUCAUGGAGUGUACUUUAUGGGGGAAUCACGUUGAAGAUGUAUAUACUUAUGUUACCAAAAAAACUGCAGGUCCUAUAAUAUUACUUGGGAGUCUUAUGAGGAUCAAAAAAUUUAAUGGUAAAGUAUCUGUUCAAAAUUCUAGAUUCUCUACAAAGUUUUUUCUUGAUGGAGACCUAUCUGAGAUUGCUGAAUUUAAAAAGCAGUAAGUCAUUUAUUUGUUUAAA